AUGGAGCGUAAUCAAUGUGAAAGCAUCCAGAUGCAAUGGGAUGUUGGCAGUUUACUAGUUGUAGGACAGCCGCACCUUGAUGGCAGCAGCGAGGAGCAGGUGAUAGUUGCCAAUCCUCCAGAUGUUUGCCAGGUAGUAGAGGUGACAACAGAAAGUGAUGAACAGCCUCUCAGCAUGAGCCAGUUGUACCCCCUACAGAUCUCCCCUGUCUCGUCCUACGCAGAAAGUGAAACGACCGACAGCGUUCCAAGCGAUGAAGAAAAUGCAGAGGGACGACUUCAUUGGCAGAAGAAAAACAUUGAAGGCAAACAAUAUCUCAGCAAUCUGGGAAUGCGGAACACUUCUCAUAUGCUUCCCAGCAUGGCUACUUUUGUAGCCAACAAGCCUGACCUCCAGGUCACCAUCAAAGAAGAAAGCUGCCCGCUGCCUUACAACAGCUCCUGGCCCCCUUUCCCAGACAUCCCUCUGCCACAAGUAGUGUCCACAGCCUCCACUAGCAGCAGCCGGCCAGACCGCGAGACACGGGCUAGCGUCAUCAAGAAAACGUCAGACAUCACCCAGUCAAGAGUCAAGAGCUGCUAAGCCUUUGACAGUGUGUUUUUUAGCUUUGUUUUGUUUGGUUUUGUAUUUUACGUUUCUCUAGGAGAGGUUCAUCCCUUGACGCACAUUAGACAAAUCUAAGGUAAAGAAAGCCUUGGCAAUAUAAAACAUUGCUGUGUCUGACUCCAGUGCCGGAGUGUUUUUAACUCAGGACUCCAGCCGUCAGUGUGUACAUCUGAACCCAGGUGGACUUGCAGGGUUGCUACGUAGGAAAAUAAAACAAGAACUUUGGCCCACUUGCAGGUUCCAGUGUUUCAUAAGAGGACCAACUGACCACAAGGGAAGUGGUGCUGCUGCGCUUCUUGCUGUCAAGGCUGUGAUGGAACUGAAAGCCUCAGAAUGGAAGAGAAAAUGUGAACUAGCUGGAAUAUUUUUAAAUAAGAAAAAAUCUAUUGUGAAUAUUGUACAUAGUGCAGUACUAGCAACGUUGCAGUCUGCUUCUGCACCUUAUUAAGAAAGCACUUACAAAAGGCCUUUUAUUACCUUGCUCUACUUAAUGGCACAUUGAAGGUCACUCCCUACCUGUAUUCUUUUCCAAGGCUAUUCUUGCUAAAGUGUCUCUAAAGAAUAGUGGAAAGGAAAGAAAGUUAAAACUUUCCAUGUGGAUUUCAUACAUUUUAAGACUGCUUUUCUCGUGUUUGUUUUCUAAUCUGCUAUGCUUGAAUGCCGCGUGGUACAAUAGGGGAAAAAAAAAAAACAAAAAAACUAUUACAGAGAUGUUAUGCAAAUUCCCAGAUUUAAAAAAAAGAAUACUCUAAUUCUAACCAGAGCAAGCUUUUUUAUUUUUUAUACAGGGGAAUAUUUUAUUCAAAAUAAAAUUCUAAAGUGAAUAUAAUUUUUUUUAAUCUUUUCUACAGCAAAUUUAUAAUUUUAAGAUUCAAUCCUUGGUUAUCAGCAGUUAUUACAUCCUUGUGGCACAUUUUUUUUUUUAAUUUUGUAAAGGUGAAAUAGCUUUUAUGAGCUCAUGUAGCAAUCAGAUUAUCCUGUGGAUUGAUAAUAAAUAUGGUAUAUAGUUAAA